AUGCCUUUUGUAAAAGAAGCGUUUCCCAACCGCCCUUGGCAAAAAGUAGGUAUAGAUUUGUUUAAGCUGGAUGCGUGGUAUUUAGUUAUAGUAAAUUAUUAUUCUAGAUAUAUUGAAAUUUCUCAACUGAAAACAUUAACAGAACGAGAAGUCAUAACAAAAUGCAAAGAAAUUUUCGCGAGAUAUGGCAUUCCAGAGACAGUAAGAAGUGACUGCGGUACUCAAUUUGCGUCCGAAUUCCGCCGCUUUGCGAAAGAAUACGAUUUCGAACACAUAACUAGCUCACCCAAAUAUUCUCAAAGUAAUGGUGCGGCCGAAGCUGCGGUAAAGAUAGCAAAGAAUAUCCUUAAAAAAUGUAAGGAGGAUGUAAAUUUAGGACUAUUAGCUUAUAGGACUACACCACUAGAAAACGGCUACUCGCCCGCAGAGCUCCUAUUUUCUAGGAAAAUUCGUUCUCGAUUACCAAUAUUACCUGAUAAAUUAGGAUCAUUUAAAGAACAUUGUAAGGUUUCAAAAAAAGAAACCGAAAGGAAAGAUAAACAGGAGCGUGAUUAUAAUAGAAGACAUCGUUCAAAGCCAUUAUCUAUUUUAAAAACAAAUGAUAAUGUAUGGGUGGUAGAUUUACGCGUAUACGCAAAAAUCACAAGACAAGAUAGGAAUCCUAAUUCUUAUAUCAUUAAGACGGAGAAGGGUAGCGCAGUACGCAGAAACCGAUGGCAUCUGAUACCGGCACCGUAUAAACGGAACACAGAAUUUGAUUACAGUUAUGAUCCGGACAGGGCCGUAUCUGGGUAUAAAGUCGCCUGCGUGUAA